AUGGAUGAAGCUAUCAGUACAGUGGAAGAGAAAUUAAAGAAAAGAGCAGAAUGUAGGGACAAAAAGGCCUGUGUUCAGCGGCUAAUGAAUAUCAUCCAUUGUGUGGAGAAGAUGGAGAAGCUAUUGGGGAUACCACCAGAAGCAGAUGAAGAGCAGAUUAAGCAGUCAGCAAGUGAAUUGAAUGGACAACUGAUAGAAAGGGUGGCAACUGAGUUCAACAAGCUUCAGUUUUAUGUUAAUAAAAGUAAAGGACUCCCUCUUUUGGAACAGAUAAGACCAAGAAUUUCUGCCAUUACCACCACCUUGCAAUUCAGUCUGGAAGGCUCAUUCAGAGAAGGCCUUGAGAGGAAAAACCCAGAGAUCCUUCGGCAGUGUCUGCGCACCUAUGCCACAAUAGAUAAAAUGAAAGAUGCAGAACAACUCUUCAGGCAGUAUACAGUGAAACCAUACAUGGAAGAAGUUAUAAGUGACCAGUUCAUUAAAACCAAUACACAAGGUUUGCGGGGAAUGUAUCACAAAAUACUGGAGUUUAUACCCCUCCAUUGUAAACUGAUCAAAGAAGUCACUUCAGGUUCUCUAAAAAGCACCAGUGGAGAGGUUGUCCGUGGCUAUGACUUCUUGACUAAUGCUGUGUGGCCUGAAAUAGUCAGCAAUGUGGAAGGGAACAUUCCAUUUAUAUUUGCACCUGGAAAUCCAGACCUCUUCCAUGAGAGAUACAACAUAAGCAUGGAAUUUGUAGACCAGUUUGAGUGCCAGUGUGGCUCCCAGGCCAGUGUCAAGAGGUUGAGGGCUCAUCCAUCUUUCAAUACCUUCAUGUCUAAGUGGAGCCUGCCUGUAUAUUUUCAGAUAAGGUUUCAAGAAGUUGCUGGAAGCUUUGAGAAUGCCUUGCUGACACCAUUUAAUGUCACUGCAGAUUCCAAAGAGUUUCACUUACAUUCCACCACAGUGUUGUGGUCUUGCUUGUGCAAAUGUUGGUCUGAUGAUGUAUUCCUCUCGGGGCUCUGUCACAGAUUCUGGAAGCUCACAUUGCAGCUACUGGCCAGGUAUUCAAACUGGAUUGAGGCAGUGCAUGCUAAAGAGCUAACAGAAAAGGAUGGAAAUUCAGCAGACCCUGGGGUCUCUAACCCUGGGACAGGGAGUGGUGAUCCUCCUGCUCUGGCACCACGUCCUGCUCCCGUCACCCUGGGACAGGUGGUUGCCAUGGUUGCAGAUGCACACAGAGUAGAUUCCAAGGUUACAGCUUUUUUUACUGAAGUAAUCAAACCAAAAUUGAAAACAACAGGAUGUCAGGAUAGUGCUAUUCUGGAAGAAAGUCUCCAGGAGUCCCAGACAUCUAUCACGAAGCAUCUUCCAGGGUUUGGUGAAUAUAUUGUAAAAGAUAUCACUGCACAGUGCUCAGUUCACCUGAAGCUAGUCAAUGACAUACCUAGACUAUAUCGUAGGACAAACAGAGAGGUUCCCUCCAAGACUUCUGGUUACCUGAACAGUCUCCUCAAACCACUGAAAAUGUUCCUGGAUGAGCACAAAACUACAAUAAGUGAGGAAAUGUAUAGGUCUUGGGUGAUGAAAAUUAUCUGUGAAAUUACUGAACAAUACCAUAGCAUUGUUACAGAUGUGCUUACAUCAGUAAAAAAGAUGGAAGACAGCCUGAAACGCUUAAAAAGAAGUAAAACCACGCCAAACUUUGGCUCCAAUCAGGGCCCCAGUGAUGAUGACAAGAUUAGGCUACAGAUUGCACUGGACGUAGACGAGUUUGGUAAACAGAUUGAAAAUCUGGGAAUCUGCAAGGACGCCAUAGAAGCCUAUAAGAAGCUGCAUGACCUUGUGGAAAGUGCUCAGAAUGCUGCAUCUAGCAGCCAGUCUGAAAAAUGAUAUGCUCGCUCUGUGGUCAAUGAAAACUACAAUAUUAUUUAUCCAAAACUAAUCAGUGGUAAGAAGAGGAGAGUUGUCUCCAUCUGUGGUUAUUUUUUGUAAAAGCAAGUAAAAGUUGUAUAACUUGUUAUUUUCUGUUUAUGAAAUGUGGAAGGAAGUGUGGUUAAUACAGUUCACUAAAAUAUAUUAUGAAGUACAAGACUUGUGUAAUGUAAAAUUUUGGGUUUUGAGGUGUGGUGGCAGAAUUGACCAAGACACGACUUUCUCACAAAAGCACCCUGCUUUGAGGUGAAGCAUUAAAAUAGACUGAAUGGUGUAAAAAAAAUUUCUCAACAGUUUAGAUAAUAUUUUCCUCUUCCUUAAUGAAUCCAUUUAUUUUGAAACAUUAUAUAACAGUUAAACAUAAAACAUAUUAAAUAACAGAAAAUAAUGGGGUUUGUAGAAUUUAGUCCUGCAAUUAUGUAUUCUAACUACUGUUAGUCAUGAAAUCUAGUGGGUUAUUGGUGGUAUACAGAAUUGAUGUACAGUUGGGG